UCUCUUCACAAUACUCAAAAAUGGACAAACUAAAAGAUCAAACGAGUCUAAUCGCAAUUUUGUUUCUACUACUUCUUGGGGCAAUCUAUCUCUUCGUCUACGCACCUACCACUACCAAUCCCUUGCUUUCAUCCCAACCUCAACAUUGCCAAUCCUUGAACACAACAUCGAGCGCGACCGUCGACAGUAGUGGUAGCGAUGCGCUUGAAGCAGCGUUGGCCGAGGCAUCGAGGUCGAAUAACAAGACUGUUAUAAUUGCAAUUGUGAAUAAAGCCUACGUUGAGGGAGACGAUAGAUCGAUGUUAGGUUUGUUUUUGAAUAGUUUUUGGCAUGGUGAAGGUACGAGGGGCUUGAUUGAUCAUUUGUUAUUGGUGGCUGUUGAUCAGACGGCGUUCGAGAGAUGCAAGUUUCUUCGGCUUCAUUGUUAUAAGCUUGUAACCGACGGUGUGGAAUUCGAUGGGGAGGAGGUCUACAUGUCCGAUGAUUUCAUUAAGAUGAUGUGGAGACGAACUCUGUUUCUUGGGGACGUACUCAAGCGCGGUUACAACUUCAUAUUCAUGGACACUGACGUUAUGUGGCUAAGGAACCCAUUUUCAAGGCUGAUCCAAAACGACACGGUAGAUCUUCAGAUCAGUACGGACUUCUUCAACGGUGAUCAAUGGUCCCAGUCCAACCCAAUCAACACCGGCUUCUACAUGAUCAUGUCCAACAACAAGACCGUCUCCUUAUUCGACUCCUGGUACGCAAAGAAAGACAACUCUACUGGUCUCAAAGAGCAAGAUGUGCUCAACACCAUGAUCCAUGAUGAAGGUGUCUUCCAACACUUGGGCCUUAGGGUCAGAUUCUUGGACACUCUCUACUUCAGUGGGUUUUGUCAAGACAGCAGAGACGUUAGGGCUGUUACAACCGUCCAUUCCAACUGCUGUAGGACUAUAAAUGCCAAGGUGACUGAUCUGACGUCUGUUAUUCACGAUUGGAAGAGGUUCAGAGCCGCGUCACUCUCUUCCUCUCCAAAUGAAACGUCAGCGUUUUCGUGGUCAAGGCAUGUGGCGUGUGUUGAUUCAUGGCAUUAGAUUCUGAUCAAGUCAUGCCAUGUAAACAGAAUUCGUUGAAGCAUAGAAUUGU